AUGCUGAAGAUUAAUUCUGGCGAAUGUUCUGUGAAGCGUAAAAAAAUAUCUUUACAAGAAAAAUUAACAGAACUGAAACAUCUUGAAAUACCUCAAAAUAAAGUUUGGGAAUUAAACGAAACAUUCAGCAGCACGCAAUUGCCGCAAACACCGUUUGGAAUAAGCUUUCGUCAUUUGAAAAGGCACUAA